AUGGGUAAGAGCCAGCUUUCCGCGGCUGAUGCCUCCAACUCGGAGCAGGUCACUCGGGAUAGCAGCUCAAUGUCAUCGCCCACGGAGUCACCUGUCAGGAGUCCGACUCCAUCAGACUCCCGCAACUUUCUUGUUCCUGGUUCCCCACUGGGUAGGACGUUUUCCGCAGCGGGUGAACCCCCAUCGCCAAGCCCGCACCAUAGCCAACCCAUCGCUCUCUCCGGAGACUGCCAGCCAGUCCCACCAAUCGACAUUCCAGAGGGUGAACUACGAGCCGUUAACCAAGUGACUGUCGCUUUUGCCAUUGAUAUCUCCGGAAGUACGGCAGGGAGCAUCAUUCGACAGGAGAAAGACGCCAUUAUGAGCGUCACAUCGACGUUCGACUCUACGAGCCUCAGGCACCAAUGUACCGUCCUCCCAUGGUCACAUAAAUCCCACUCGCCGCUGAAAAUCGACGAGAUUGAAGAGAUCAAUUCUGGCGGAGGGACAGACCCUUCUGUUUUGCUCGAGAAUCCUGUCUUUAGAUCGCAGCUCCAAAGGUCGAAUCUCUGGUUUCUUUUGACAGAUGGCGAAAUUUACAAGCCGGUGAUAACCAAAUUUGCCAAUGCCAUACCUGAGGCGAGGAUACACGGAACUGCAUGUGUCAUUAUCCUUUUUGGAUACUCGAGAUCAUCUCCCUUAGAAUGCAACGUGUCAGUUGGUAUGUCCGUUUUCGCUGUGGCGCCGCAUUGCAUCUUCUUAUUUCACGAUGUUCGUUCAGCCAAAGUGUAUAUUCUCCAGGCAAAAGGCUGCUUCUCAAGUCUGCUCCCAGAGACUGAACGCUUCACUUCUUUUGGUACAGAGACCCGCUGGGAUGAAUUGGCUUGCAUCACCUACAAGUCGCUGGCCCAGGUCAGGAUCGCAUCUCUCUCUCCGAUAUCCUUAUUAGCAUCAAAGAGGCGUGCUCUCCGUCCUGAGCAAUCAGAGCGGCGGACGAGUCCAAUAAACCAUCGGCACACGUCAGGUCGCGCUGAGAGAGAGCAUCAGUCCCAGCUUCGCUAUGGCAACAGCACUUACCCUAGGGCUGCGCGGUCCAGUAAGCCCAAACAGCACGCUCGAAAUUUGCUAUUCAUGCCUGGAUUUGAGGGCACCAGAAUCCUUUCGGAUAAUGACUUCUUCUCACCAAAUUAUGAUACCUGCGCGCUAUGCGGCGAACACAAGUCGAUCCAGACACUCUUACUAUCCACCAAUAGGAACGGCGACGAUGAAACACCAGACCUUCCCAAGGCGAACCGCAAAGCCCGACACAAGUAUCCUCUGGUUCUUGGUAGUUACCCCGAGACGGAUGUCAUUCUGCCGUUCAUGACUUGCGACGCUUGCGCCUUCGUCCUCCUCGAGGUAGGAGAGCUACCGAACGGAGACCGAGUCACGGCAGCACUCCCAAUGGUCUCUCUAUACAAUGAGGUGAACCGCAGCAAGUGGCUCGAGCUUCUCAGCAGUGCCUACGAGCACCGCUUCCAUGAACGUAUCGUUUUUCUUGUCUUCCUGUCGUCCUUGUGCUCCGCUCUCGAGGACCUGACCACCAACGACGAACCCGGCUCAUCCAGUCUCAUUAGGGUUCUCGAGUCGUGCUGCAUGACCCUGUGCCAGCUGCCGGGAAUCUCGACCAUAGCGGGCUUCACGCCCGUUGGCAGCCCCAUUGCAAACAUGGUGGACGAUACGAUGCCAUUCGCGACGACCAUUGGGGUAGCUUUCAACCGGCAGGCUACCCCGGGCUUGGAGCUACCCUGCCUGACGUACCCGAUUGAAGGAUUCUUGGCCAUCGUUCGUCUAGCCAGCCUGACUGAGGACAUUGAAGGUUAUUCAAUCGAGUCAAUGGUCUGGAAGAAGCUCCUAUACCACAUGACAGGCCAGCACUGUGUGCUGCAGAAGCAACAGGGUGCCAUGGAGGCGGAUAAGACACUGAGGUCUGUGAUCUACAGUGAAAAUGUGGUUCAGCCUGACGGAAUCGACGGUGGAAAAGAGCCGGUCCCGAUUCUCUCAUUUUCCAUUUCUGCGCUGAGCGACACGCACCUGCUUCAACCAUCAUCUGAGAUCAUUGACCAAUUCGAACGCAUGGAGCAGUAUUUCCUGCCCAUCAAAGACACUACCAAGUACCACGCUGCCAUGGCCGUGUUCCUACACCUGCUUAGUGCGUCGGUGGUUGACUCCGCCAGGAUCCUAGAUGCAUCCGACUUUUUUCUCCAUUUGCGGUACUCUCAGGACAUUUCAACCUUGUUUUUAUGA